GCACUGUUGGUUAUCGGUAUCGGCGACCGCUUAAAACGUGCGGGUGGGAUUAUUCAUUCCUAAGGUAAAUAAAAACUCGAGCCGGCAUGAAAUUCGCGAUUGAGAGCAUCAAAAAGAAUUCCGGCCGUCUCGGAAAACUCCGGAUCAAGGAUUCAGGACCCGAGCUCAGGACUCCACUCCUUUUGCAGACAACCAAAGGCGGCAGUAUUCCGUGGCUGAGUUCUGAUGUUUUCGAAAGUCAUGUCAGUCGGAAGCCACAGGUGCUUCAGUUCACCCUUUCCACCAUGGACCAAAUGGCAGAGGCACUCGCUCAGUGGAACAGUGGUGGGGGUCGGGGAUUGAGCGACUACGUGGGAUUACCAGGACACUUAAACAUCCUCCUGCUGCGGGAUCCCUGUGAAACGACGCCUUCGGGUGGCAACGAUCGGGAUAUACAGCCACUCUUCACGAGAAGGGGUAAGGAGUCCCUCACUCCGGAGCGCUACAUGGAAAUGGUGGCCAGUUUUAAACCGGACCUCUACCAGGGACUCUGUGAUGCGGACACAAAUCUAGAGAGUGCCAAGAAGCGGGUUCAGAAGUCGGUGGACAGGACCGAAAAGUUUAUGCACUAUAUAUAUGAACAUCGGGCAAAUGUGGAGUCCACACUGCUGGCUCCGAUUGUGGGUGGAUACAAUACCUUUGCCCGAACGCAGUCCAUCAAGCAUGCCCGGGAACAACCAGCGGGCAGUUACGGAGGUUACAUCUUCGAGGGAUUUCACACGAAUGGUUUGUCGGCUACGACUUUAGAUUCUUCCAAACUACUGCCCAUUGUGGAGCACUGUGUCAAGCAGCUGGAGGAGGACAAGCCUAGGAUAAUGCCAGGAGCAUUUGCGCCCUUAACCAUUUUGGAGCUUAUCCGCCAGGGAGUGGAUGUGUUUGACACAUCCUACGCCUAUUGUGCUUCCCAGAAUUUUAAGGCGUUGACUUUUAGCUUUGUGCAGGAUGCAAAGGAGCAUGUGCCUUUCUUGGACAUAACUGAUGACGCUAUCAAGGAGGAUUUUUCGCCGCCCAUGAACAAUUGCAGCUGCUUGACCUGCCAGAAACACACGCGUGCCUACUUGCAUCACCUUUACAAGACCAAUGAGUUGCUGGGCCCUAUAUUACUGAUGGUUCACAACCUGCAUCACUACAUCACCUUCUUUGAGACAAUACGUGAGAGUGUGGCCAAGGACAAGCUGCCAGAGCUGACGGAGCUCGUAAGGAAUCAGAAUACAAAAUCCCAGGUGGAUUAUUCCAUUGCUGUGAACACCAAAGUUAUUACCAAGGCCACCAUGGGCAAAGGAUUCGCAGCGGCAGCAGUGUGACAAAGACAAUCAGUAAAGUUGGUCUAGAAAGAA